AUGGCUUCUGCAACUGUUAGUGCCGUGACUGGUGCCGCGACGGUCUCUACAUCACUGGCACCAUUCUCAGGUACCGAAGGGACCUACAUGCUACCUCACCACGCCCGAGAGAUAGAGAGAUUACACCGCCAACACCUCUUCAUGAACACUACCACGGGAGGUCAAUUACUUGUAGUACCCUCUAUCCAGGAGAAGAAGUCCUUACGCGUACUGGACUCGGGUGCUGCUGAUGGCUUCUGGCUACGUGAUCUCCCCCGCCAGCUCCCAUCACACGAUCUGGAACUCUAUGGAGUCGACAUUGGAUCUGAUCUCUUCCCUGCACCAGAUGAGACUGCACUUUACAAGGUAGAGCUUCGGAGCCAUGAUGUCAGAACUCCCUUUCCACCUUCGUGGGACUGGUCCUCCAAGUUCGACGUAAUCAAUCAGAGACUUCUUAUCUGGGGCAUCCAGUCUACUGAGUGGCCUCGUGUCAUCUCGAACCUUGUUUCAUCACUCAAGCCUGGCGGCUAUAUACAGCUCGUGGAGGCUGAAUGGAUUGAUCCUAGCAAUCUGGCCGAUGAGAUAACAAGGCCCCAACUGAGGAAGCAAGCUGCCCUACAAGAGUGGUCCACCACGACCUUUGGUAUGGACAUCCACAUUGCUUAUAAGCUUGAAGGGCUCCUCCAGGACGCUGGCUUGGAGGAUGUUCGCAAGGUCCAAUUUGAUCACGGCUAUGGUGCCCUCGCAAGAUCCAAGGACCAGAGAAAUGUGUCGGCUGAGCUCUGGGUUGAGUGCUUCAGGACCCUGGAUGAGAAGAUCCCUGACGGCGGAAUUCCUGGGGUUGCGGCGAAUUCGAAGGAGUUCCAUGAGUUUCUCGAUACUUUGGAGGUCGAGAUCAAGACUUAUGGCUAUCAGCCUAAGCUCAACUAUGUAUAUGGACGAAAGCCCUUAGCUGAAUGA